GCAUUGGAAACGGCCCCUCGACGCGCAAGGGCCUUCUUUCGGUCGAUCGUCCUCCAGUCGGGUGUUCUCUGAACCUCGACUGCGAGAACGCGCCUGCGGCAUCCACAUUCCACGUCCUCUUGAACAAGUCCCUCUUUUCGUAAUGCCCUGACGAUGCAAACCACGACCCUCACGAUCACCGAAUUCCGCUUCGCCCCUCUUUCCCCCGGCUGCUUGCCGUCGACAUAACCACACCCGCAGCUAACAUGCAGGCUGUGCCGAGUCUCGUGGGAACCGGCACUGCUGCCGCUGCCGCUGCCGCUGGUUUGGUCUUUGGUCAACCACCCGAACCCGAAGCGCCGUGGUCGAGCCCAAUCCAACACCGAUUUCCCGCUGACUACGACGGCUUCCGAGUCCAGCCCGCCCCUCCCCGUCCCAGUACGAGCGCCAUCCCUAAUUAUUACGCCUGCCCAUCGCCAGCGGAGGAAUUCCCGUAUGCCUCUUUCCGCCAGCUCACCGAUGUGCCCCCGGGCCCUCUUACGUCACAUCCGACAAGCCCGACAAGUCCAACGAGUGUCCCACGGCCUCUCACCGGGAUUUCGGUCUCGUCGCCGAGGUCUAGCAGCAGGAGACAGUCGUUCAUACGGCCGGGCGAUUUAACCUCGCAGCCCAUAGCCGAGAAUUGUAGGGAUUCGGUAUCGUCAAAGGGAUCCUGGGUACGGCGGCUAUCUCUCCGGCCCCUGUCCCAACAUGGGAGCCGAAGGUCAAGCAUGGGCCCAGACUCGUCGUCAAUGACCUUUUCCCACGGUUCUGGCGUUCCAAUACUUGGACAGUCACCCACCUCUCGUUCUUCUCCGAACAAGCUGGUCAAGAGAACAACAUCCGGGAAAAACGGAAUAGCAGGGGAGCCGACACGUCGAGGUUCCAUAUCGCAGGUUCUGACACUCCGAAGGCCUGCGACUAGCCACCAACGUUCCGCGACGAUGCAACAAUUCCAGCAUCAGGGUGCUUUCGUUGAGCCGCUUUCGCCGGCUGUCAAGUCCCCGUCUGAUCAUUACAAUCCGUCACCAACUUCCAUGACCUUUCCGCCCCCAGCAGAACAUGGUCGUCAACCUAGGAAAUGGACCUCAUUUUUCCACGCCCGGCGCUCGACAUCGUCGGGACGAGAUUUUUCGGGCUUGCCCCCCGGAAGCGGCCCCCACUACAACAUAUUUCCGCGAAAGAGGUUGUCAUUGGGCCGGGGUAAUAUUUUUCGCGCCUACCUCACAAAGCCGGGUGAUGUUGCCGAUGUUCCUGUCCUGAAAGAUGAAGCUGAGGCACCGCCGGAUCGUUUCACGACUGGGGAAACGGAGGAGGCGUCGCCGACCACAAGCGACCUGUCCAAUUCGCCCGACUCAGGUGUAGACCAGCCCCCAAGGAGGUCCCUUUCGAUGCAUUUCAGUUCAGCGGGCAAUUGGAUUUCGAGGACCGGAAGCACUCGGCGCCCAAGACGGAGCACUAUCGACGCAAAGACAGGAGCGGGCCGAUAUACCCCGGACUCCGGGGCUGCGCCGCGCGACCAAGCCCACCCCCCGGUAAAACCAGGGCUCGAAGGAAUUCAUGCGCCACCGGAGGCUCGAGAAAACCCUCAGCAACAGCCGGAAUAUGAAUUCAGCUCAGCCGAACUUCCCCGAACCCGCAAGAGAAACUCGUCGUCUCCCUUGCCUCCCCUAAAUCGCCUCUCCAGUUUCAACCUGGAUAUCCCACGAAUAGGCUCGCCCGGCCCCACUCGGGCGCUUCACAGCCCCAUUAAUUACUCCCAAACCCCAUCGGUUACUACUCACAGCCGAGUGCCGUCGGGCGAGCGAUCCGUAACUCUUGCUGGCUCAGACAUGUCAGCUCGUGAUGGUGUUUUCGGAGACGAGGAGGAUACCGACUUCAGGAGCGACGGCAUGUAUGACUCUUUCCGCACCGGAGCUUCUUCUGGUCGUAUGAGAUCUGUCGAGACGCCCGUCGAGUCCAUGUUUGAUGACUCCCCACCUAACACUGCAAGCAACACCAAGACAAAACGGUUGUCAAUUCAGGAAAUGCUCGGGCGCUCUUGGGAUGGCGAAACAAAAAUCACUGAAGAGGACGAGGGCGUUGAUACGCCGAUUAGGCCGACGCAUAUGGUCGAGGCGCCCGGGUUUGGGCCCCAGAGCCGGAAGGAGACCGAUUUUGGGUUUGACGCUGCACAUGACCUGUCACUAGACAGCCGCGACUUUGGACGGUUAUCGUUUGACGAUGAUGACGAUGAUGACUGGGCACGAGAUGACGAGAAUACUCUUAGCAACCAUCUCUCACCCCCGAGCUCGACCAACUCCCGCCGCGUCAGUCCUACGUUUAGGCAAGCCCUCAGGAACAUCAGCGGCUGCGCCAGCCUUGAUUCCCAGAGGGAUAGCUUGAGCGAGCGGCCAAGGAGCAACAUAUUCGAUUGGUCCGAACCUUCGAUCCACGACAAGUUCGACACAGAUUUGCCACGGCCGAAGACAGUACACGGAAAGCAGGAGUUGGACCUGAGAGGAGGUCGUGCCACAAACCGCAAACCACCUGGUGUCGCUCACGUACGGAGCCAGAGUGUCCCCAUAGUCGUCCCCGAUCUAUCGGAUGGCUCAAAGCCACCGCCAAAAUUUGGGACUUGGGGUUUGGGAACCAAGACGGCUAGCGAGGACUGGGACGACGACUUCGAGUUCGAAGAGGACGAGUCCGUGAUCUGCUCACCGGGCGGCAAAGACUCGGCCACGAGCUUCGCGAUGGUAGUCCCUGCCUCAAUCCGGGCAACGCAGCCGAGCGUAAGAGCACACUCCGGUCAGAUCCGCGAACUGUCGCUGCUAGUCAACGACUUGAAACGGUUAUGUCGGCAUGGCAAAGACCUCGAUAUCCUGAGAGGACCGAUGGCAACGAAGUGGGUAGAAGCCGAGGGUAUAAUUGCCCUGGCGUCUCCGGACGAGGACGAGGACGAAGAACUAGACUCAACGAGGCCCUCAACGGACUUCGAUCGGUCAAACAUCGAUGACCGGUUCCUGGAGGAAGGGUUCGACGGAUCCAUUCUCGACCACAUCGAUGACCCCUUUGGGUUUCCGGAGCCUGAAAUGUCCAAGACUGCCGUGAUACGAGAGCGGCAUAGCCCUCGGCGGCGGUCCGUGUUCUCGCCCGAAGAUGAUAUUUUCGGUAACUGGCCGCUGAACGAAGGAAGUGCGACCCCUGCAAAGCCGCACACGCCGAGCAGAUGCUCUAGCCUAAGCCGAAACUCGACGAUCAUCUCGAGCGUGAUUGAGGCCAUGAAGCAGCAGCAGAAGUCCGACAGCAUCAAGAGCCCGGCCCCCAAGAUACCGGACGCGAAGCUCUUUUUCGACACCAACAGCCUCCAGGAACUGGUCAAGCGGGCGGGGCAGCUGCGAGACUCGCUCUCGGACGCUGUCCGCAGGGCCGAGUUGCUCACCCAAAGCCCUGCCGGGACGCCCCGCCGCGAACGGCACCCCCGCCACCAGAACCCGGACGGCAGUCCCGCCUUCACGCGCGUCUUUGUAGACCCGGCUUCGAGUCCACCCAGACGCCUGCCCACCAGUCGCAGCACUCCUUCGAUUUUGAGCAGGGCAUCGGUCGAUUCGCCGCGGAUGCAAAUGAUGACCGUCAACUAGACCAGUCGACCACAAAUGGCGUCCGUAAUAAACGGCGUUUUCUAAUUACAUAUCGCCGCCUUUUGUUUUUUACUUCCUUACCCCAUCACGAACCACCCGCCGGACGAGUUGGGUGCGUUUUUUUACUAAGGACGCUUCCAAUAUCCG